GGCAAUUUACCUGUGUAUGUUUUUUCUUUGUUCCAAUGGCUUGUGGGGGGAGUAAAAUUUUAUUAUGUUUAGGUCUUGUUUUGUUUGCUAGUUCAUUUUGCCACUGCGCAACACUGUCAAAGCUUAAGGCAUUGGAUACAUUAAGUGGAAACUUGAUACUUAGCCAAGGUAAAGUUGAAACAAGUGAUUUGCGCCAUGGAAGACUCGUAAUUGGGGAUAAUUCUCUGCAAGGACCUGGGGCCACAAAGAACUUACUGGGUGUUGAUGCAGAUUACCAAGCAGAUAUGGGAUGGGUUGAUGGCUUUUCAAGGCUGAAGCCAGUCAAUUCUGCCUUGGAACAACUCCUCAAAAUGGAACCAAAGGUUGAAUGUACAGGAGACUUCAUGAAGCUUCAAGUCCAAGAUGUUGCUUCUACCACUGGAUCUCUGUUUUUUGUGGAAAGGGGAAGUCACCUGUCUCCUCUGCCUCUGUCCAAAUUGCCCCCAAGCUGUGGAUACACAAUCAGGUCAACUCUGAGAGAGCUGGUCUUAGUUGCACCUUAUGAUGGCUGCUUUGUUGCUCUUGAGGAGGACAGCUAUGUUCUCCCAUUGCAUUGGCGGGGAGUACCAGUGAGGAUGUCAUGCCCUUUGAUGAAGCAGUCUAACCCGCCAACAGUCGCCUGCUAUGCUGAGGGCAUGGUGGUGAAAACAGAAUGGAUAGUCUCUGUUGCUGAAAUUAAAGUAAAUUUGACCGGUACCUGGGAGCCACUGAUGAAGGCUUCACCCAGAUGUGGAUUCAGUGUAGUUGUACAUCCUGAAGGUGUGGUCAUUUCUGUUCGCUAUGCACCCUGCAUGGAGAGACAGGAUGGAAUGUACACCCUUAAACUGGCUGGAGAGGGAGAAACUAAAAUAUCCUGUCCAUCAGCAUCACCAGCUGAAUCUGAACCCACAAGCAGUGCCCCUGAAUCUAUGCCAAAAACUCCUGCACAAAAUCCCCCAAUACCAGUUUCUCUCCAGGACCCAGUGGUAACUACAAAGAAGCCCAGUCUGGGGCCAGAGGAUAUCAAACCACCUCCAAAGCCUGUAGCACCUCAGGGCCAAGUACACUAUCCCUACCCGUUUUACCCUCAGCUGCAGCCUGAAAAUCCUCCCACUAUUCCAAAGCCUCCACCAACGCAGGGCCAAGUACACUAUCCCUACCCGUUUUACCCUCAGCUGCAGCCUGAAAAUCCUCCCACUAUUCCAAAGCCUCCACCAACGCAGGGCCAAGUACAACAGCCAUUCUACCCCUUUUACCCUCAUCCAGAACCUGGAAACCAACCAGCUAAAAAGCCAUCCGCUGUUCCAAAGCCUCCACCAAUCCAAGCCCCUCAAGGCCAAAUGCAACAGCCAUUCUACCCCUACCCCUUUUACCCUCAUCCAGAACCUGGAAACCAACCAGCUAAAAAGCCAUCCGCUGUUCCAAAGCCUCCACCAAUCCAAGCCCCUCAAGGCCAAAUGCAACAGCCAUUCUACCCCUACCCCUUUUACCCUCAUCCAGAACCUGGAAACCAACCAGCUAAAAAGCCAUCCGCUGUUCCAAAGCCUCCACCAAUCCAAGCCCCUCAAGGCCAAAUGCAACAGCCUUUCUACCCCUACCCCUUUUACCCUCAGCUACAGCCUGAAAAUCGUCCCACUGUUUCACAGCCUCCAGCAACUGUCACUGUGCCACAAGUACCUAGCCCUUUGUACCCUCUACAAUCAAAGAUUCCAGGUGCUGGAACAAAUUGUGGUAAAGCUCCCACUGAAAAUCAAGUCCAAAUUAAGCGGCCUCCAGUUAUCAAACCUCUGGAGGGCCAGGUGCAUCCCUCUUUUAACCCAUACUAUUACUACUAUUACUACCCACAGCAGCCCCAGCCUGUAACAUUACCCCCUGCCACCACAAUGCAGCAAAUGCGACAGGUCACCACUCCAGCCAAAGUUCAAUACCCCACUGAAUCUUACACUCCACAACCUACUAAUGGUGGUAUAGUCCCUCCAGAUUUCCCACGUGUGUGCCCACAAUCUUGCCCUUCUGGAUAUUCUAACUGCUGUCCACAAAUUGCUUUUCAUCAAUAUCUCUAUCCUGUUAUUCCUGCUGGACAUGGCAGUAAAGAUGCACUGCCAGUUUAUUCAGGACUGCCAUCCCCCCAUUCAGUGGGAAACUUUGGGUUUAACAAUGGUCUGGGUUCUCUUCCCCCUCAAAAACCAACUGAAGCAACGACAACACAAGCUGCUGACUCGCAUCAUAACUGGCCAUAUCUACUACAAAACGAGGCACUGCAAAAUUUACCACAAAGCCAAUCGCCAGCUCACUAUGUGCCAUCUAAUGCUUGGGCUCCUGGUAAUGAACCAGUAAAUCCAGUGGGGCAAUAUGACAUACAGCCCCCAAAGCAGCAAAACAAACAACUAUUAGCUGGGGACAUGAAGAAUCCCUCAGGGUUUAAUUUCAUGUCUUUUAACGGCCAAGAUUUACAACAGGAUCAAAAUAAACCUCCAGCCAAAGAACCACAGCCAUCUAACGAAAAAUCCAGUGACUCUAAAGGACCAGCACGUCCUGAGGUCCAAGGUGAACCUGAAAAUCUUCUGGUCCCUUACUACAUGCUUCAAGAUGCUCAAGCACCUACUUAUAACAAGUCGGUGGUUCCUAACAACUCGCCACAGUCAUUUGUGAGUGACUCUCAGAAAUCUACCAAAAAUGAACAGACUGUGCGCUCCCAUUCUGAACCGAAGAGUUAUGUGCUGCUAAGGCAUAGCCCACCAGGUAGGGAGCCAAACAGUUUCAGUGACUCUCCGCUGCCUUCCUGGGUUCAUGAUGCAAACAUCCUGGCACAAAAUUCUGCAAGGCCUCAAAGUAAUAAACACCAAUAUCCGCAUAUAAAGGCCUCACAAGAAAACUCUCAACACCCUAAAUGGCUGGGGAAAGGAAUGUCCAAUCCCUUAGCUGACCAUAUCAACUACAAGCCUGGUGACAAAUCGCAGAGUUUUCCAUUGUUUUACUCUACUCCAGAUAGCCCUCAAUUUGUCCCUUUGUCCCAGGACCCCUCUCCUAGUGUGGCACAUUUAAGGCCUAAAUUCCCAGAGUCAUUCCAAAACUUCUGGAAACCAAAGACUCCUCUAGACUCCAACCAAAGGAUUCUGCCUCAUGGUCCUGGAAAUAUGUUUCAACAAUGGAACUCUGCAGCUGACCACCAAGCAAAUGGACCCAACCAACCUCUCCAGAGAGAAGGUGGAAAGCAGAAAUGAGUUGCCUUCAACAUGAAUAAACAAUUGGAACAGAC